AUGAUGAAUGGCGUGCGGCAGGAGCACGCGCGAGAGCUUCAACAUGAUCUUACACGAGGCAAGAGACGAAGAUACACACAGAACAGACACCAACAGUACAGGCAGGCCUCCUUCACUGUCUGUUCUCGCCUGUCAGAUGUCCACGGUUUGACCCAGCAGCUGACGUUGCCCAUUGUGUCUGCAAGUCCCCUCCCCCUCCCCCCUCCCCUGCAGCCGCACCAGCACCAGGAGAUGGUCAAGACCGAGCCGACAGACGCAGGCGGCGCUGCUGCCGUCGGCCAGGCCUCCAACCACUCGAGCGGUGACCAAGGUGACGAGUACUCCGAUGAGGGCACCCCGCAGGAAGCCGCGAUGCAGGUGGGCAGUGCUGGGCCGGGGCUAUACGGACCGCCACACCCGAUGGCCAUGGCCAUGGUGAGCGAGGGAGAGAGAGAGACGGUGGGCGACGAAUGGAGAGAUGCCCCGUGUGGCGGUGCGGUGUGGUGUGGUGUGGUGUGUGCAGCUACAGGUGGGUUUCAAUGCUGCCGUGAGGCGUAUCAUGGAGCAGGCGUCGGCGGCUGGCGCUCUGUCCAAGAAGCGCAAGCGCAACACCAAGAAGAGGGAGCCGCAGGACCCAAGAAGCUCCCUCACCAUCUCAUCCAACGCGGUGAGCGACCCCUCGACAGACUGACGGUCAAUCAACACCUGUCUGUCUGUCUGUCUGGAUGUCUGGAUGUGGCGUGUGCGUAUGCCUGUGUGUGUGUAAUACAUAUCAGCCCCGGCGCCCCCGCACAGCGUUUCACAUCUUCUUCCACGGCAACCUGCGCAAGUGGAAGGAACAGCACCCCGAGAUGGACCUCGUGAAGCUCUCACAGGUGGGUGGCUGGGUGGCUGGCUGGGUGCGUGGGCUGGGCGGCACACAACCAACACACGCAUUCGCGCAUGGAUCCUCUCCAUUUGACAGUGGUCUGUGAUACACAUAUAUCUAUCUAUGUGUGCAGGAGGCGUCGCGUCAGUGGCGUGACAUGACGGACGAGCAGAAGCGGCCCUACCACGAGGCCAAGAAGGAAGAGGAGGCCACCUACCAGAAGGAACUCGCAGUCUUCGAAGAGGCCCAGCGACUGCACGCACAACAGGUUCGUAGGCAGACACGACACACAACACAACGGACACACACCAACACGCAUAACCUCUGGUCCUGUGUUUGCGGCCGAUCAGAUGGGCUUCAUAUAUCCGCCUGGCCUCCACUGUAAGGAGAGAGAGAGAGGGAUAGAGAGAGGGAGCACAUGUGUCGUCGCUGUACUGGUCAGCACACGUGUGUUUUCUCGUUGUGUGUGCAGUGGGAGGGGGCGGGAGGGGCGGGGGCGGGUACUUGGACAUGCCUAACACCUUGUGGAAGUGUAAGCAGCGAUGGAUGGAUGGAUGGAUGGACAGACAGACAGACAGACAGAUGGACGCACAAACAAACGCGCUCAUGGCCCUGUGUGUGGAUGGCUGUGUGUGUAUAGGUGAUAUGGGACCCCCGCCUGCCUGGACGCCUGAGCCCUACGUGCAGCGCUGGGGCCAGAUGGAGCGCAUUCUCCGUAAGCUCUUUUUACAACCACUAUAGGACGACACACCUCGGGUGGAUGAUCUCUCCCCGAUGCUGGUGUGUGUGGCGCUGUCUGUUUCCUGCAGAGGCCAAGGAUGUCGAGACGGUGGACAAGGGCCGCAACACUGUCCAGCUUCACGAGCAGAUGCGGGUGCGUGCAGAGGGCGGAGAGAGACGAGGCGAUGACACUGCCUGCACACACACCAGCACACAAAAGCUUCGUGUCUUCCUCUCUCUUUGUGUUUGUUGUGUGCAGGUUUACCAGGUGCAGCUCACAGGUACGCUAAGAGAGACGGGCACCUUCCUACCAUGUGUGUGUAUGUGUUGUGUCUGUGUGUUGGUUCAGAUCGCAAGACCAAGAUGCUUGAGCGUCUGAGGGACUGCGAGGCGGCCCUGGACAAGUACUACUACCCCAUCUUCCAUCGCAUUCUCACCGCCACAGACGAAAAGGAACUGCUGUACGCGACAUACACAUACACAGUGUACCCAACGCACACGGCCUUAUUUAUGUGUCGUGUGUGCGUGUGUGGUGGUGUGUGCGCGCUUGGGUGUGUGGGUGGGUGCAGUGCGUGGGCGGCAGUGUUCAAUCCCCCCGACCCGGAGCAUAAAAAGAUGGCCAUUGAGGUCCGUGGUUCACCGACAAAGCGACCAGCUGAAAGCACCAGAGCGUCGCAUAUGGUCUCUCUGGCGUUGGCUGUCACCUUCCACCCACAGAUGCAGUUCGUGCCGUGCAACGAGGAGGAGGUGGUAAGCCACUCACCGACACACGCACGCGCGUGCCCACGGUGGAUCGAUUUGCCCUCUCUGUCUGCCUAUGUCAGGCUCGUCGGUUGCUGCAGCGGCUCUUGUCAGUGGCGGGCAACCAGCAGACAUUCGCAUGA